AUGCCACUGCUGCCUAAACUCUCAGCAACGCUCUCUUCAAACUCCGUGCUUUCCCCUUCAAACUCCCAUCAUAAACCUGCUCUAUCUCAUCAUAGUUCAAAUGCAUCUGUUCAAACAAAUAACAACAUUGAUAAACAUGUUCAACAUCCAUUAAACUUGGCAAUUGACUUGGAAUCACCUCCAAAUAUUCUGUAUGGUCCACCAAAUGAAUCUUCAGGUUGUUUAAUCUCUGGUCAAUUACAUAUUGAAAUCCCUAAAGAUGCAUUCCAAUCUCCUUCUUCAAAUCAAUUAACUCAUCCUCCGUCAAUUGCAUCUCCAAGACCUUCAAAUAAGAGAACUCAUUCACAAAAUGCAUUACAUAACACGUUGGCAAAUACUUUACAAAAUUUAAGUCUUAGUCCUUCUCAUUCAAGAGAUAUCUCACCAGUUCAUUCAAAUAAUAAUUCUUAUACAAAUUUAGCUGGUUUAAUGAAUAUAAAAGAUCAUGUAUUGGUUAAUAUGGUUCAAUUAUCUCUUGUUCAAAAAAUCACUUAUGCAAAACCUUUUUUACCACCUUCAAAUACUUUAGCAAACUGUUCAAAUUGUAAAAAAAAAACUGUGGAAUUAGCAAGAUGGGAUAUUUUAAGUCAUGCAAAUAAUUUACCUAUUGGGAAACAUUCUUAUCCAUUUUCUCAUUUAUUACCAGGUGAAUUACCUGCUACUACUUCCCUUGGAUCAAGUUCUUUAACUUCAAUUAAAUAUGAAUUAGUUGCAAUUUGUUCAUAUAAUAAUCAUUCAAAUCAUCAACAAGUUACAAAAGUUAUAUUACCUUUAAAUAUUUCAAGAUCUAUUCUUAGAGGUCCAGAUAGAAAUUCCCUAAGAGUUUUCCCACCAACAGAUGUUACUGCAACUGCUGUAUUACCAAAUGUUAUAUAUCCAAAAUCUUCAUUUGCCUUGGAAUUAAAAUUAGAUGGUGUUUCAGUUAAUGAUAGAAGAUGGAGAAUGAGAAGAGUUGGUUGGAGAAUCGAGGAAAAUAUUAAAGUAAAGGCAAAUUCAUGUCAAAAUCAUAAAACUAAAUUAAAAGUUGUUGAAGAACAUAUAAGGAAAAAUCAAUUACAACAUAAACCUCCACCAAUUAAAAGAAAUCAAACUUCAGGUCCAACUACUUCUAUUUCAGUUUCAAAUACUCCUCAAUUAUCUCCAGAUAUAACUCCAUCUCAAUCAGCAACAAAUUUACAGCAACAAGCUCAACAACAAGCUGCUCAACAAGCUACCCAAAACACUUCAUCUGAUACAACUGAAGCAAUUGCAAGAUCAAAUUCAAAUGAUGAUUUAGCAAGUAUACAUACAACAAAUCCAAAUUUACAUCCAUCAGAUCAUGCAAAUGAAGAACUUAGACAACAACAACAAACAAAUCAGCAACAACAACAACAGAAGAAAGAAGAAUUUGCUUUAUAUUCAGAAGAAACAAGAACUGUUUCAAGUGGUGAUCUAAGAAAUGGUUGGAAAAGUGAUUUUUCAGGUAAAGGUAAAAUUGAAUUAAUUGCAGAUAUUUCAUGUUUUAAUUUAACAAGUGCAUCAGGACCUCAUCAUACUCAUGCUUCAACAAGAGAACCAAUCGAUACAACUCAUCCUCAUCAUCAUGCAAAUGUUAGUUGUGAUAUUGAUGAUCCAGUAUUAGGUAUAAAUGUUACACAUGUAUUAAUUGUGGAAGUUGUUGUUGCAGAGGAAUUAUUACAACCUUCUUCAUCAUCAUCAUCAAUAGGAAAUAAUUUAAAUACUUCAAUAAGUAAUUCAAAUGAUAAAUCAAAUAAACCUGAUCAAAGAUUAGCUGAAUUAUCACCAAUGUUUGCAAAUCAUAAUAAAGUACACCCAUCAACUUCAAAUUCUCCAUUAUCACCAUCAAAUUCAAGAAAUAGUAAUAAUGCAAGUGGUUCUACAAAUGGUUCUACAAAUUCUUCAUCACAAAUCGGUGUUCCAACAGGUGCAGCAAGAGUUUUAAGAAUGCAAUUUAAAAUCAUCAUUACAGAAAGAUCAGGAUUAGGUAUAGCAUGGGAUGAUGAAGUUCCACCAACUUAUGAUGAUGUUUCAACAUUAUCACCACCAACUUAUGAUCGUGCCACGAUUGAUGAUAAUUUAUUAACUUCUCCAUCAUUAGGCGGUAUAGGAAUUGGAGUUGAUCAAUCUCAACAACCUCCACUUUAUCCAUUAAAUUUAGCACCUGCUCAUACUCAUACUCAUAUUAAUGGUGUUCAAACUCCUGGUGUUAUUAAUGGGAUUGGGAAUACUCCUGUUGUUACUCCAAGACCGAGUGCUCAAUAUAAUUCGAUUAAUGGUGCUUUAGAAUUAGAUGAAUUUACAUUGAAUUAG